GCGCAAUUCGUGGGGUCGGGUGCGAAGAUUCCGACACGUGUCUAGCUCUGGAAACCGACAGACACGUGCCGUGGCCAGGGGCGGGAUCUUGGGUUCGAGGAUCUAGGGCAGCCGAGUGUGGAGGAGACUCCUGUUUGGCGUCGCCAUUGGCUACCAAAUCUAGCCACGUGUCCAACUGGCUCCUAAUACGUCGACACGUGGCUACGCAAUCUAGAUUUACAAAGAUCUCCUCCCUCUCUCUCUCUCUUUCUUCUCCGCGUCCCCCUCCGCGUAUAUCUCUCUCGCUCUUUUAUCUCUUCCACCACCUCUGUUCUAAUCUCUGUGCUCCUAUGCUCGAUCUCCUUGGGACCUCGUGUUGUUGGCCUUCUUUAACAGAUCCUUAUAUCCUUUUCUCGAUUUGAGAAGGCCAACAGAUCUCUUACUCUUCCUGAUUUUCUCAAUUCGUUAUCCUCUCUCUCCUCGGUUUUACGAGUUUUUCUUCCGAGUUGCUACACUUUCUUAUAACAUAACAAAAUCCAGCAUCGAAGCUUAUUUAGACUGCGAGUAGAAGAGAGAAUUAGCGAAACAUUACGAAAAAGGAUCGAUUUUUUCUCUCUCUGUCGCAAUGGCGGCGGAGGCGACAGAAGGGGAGAUAGAGGCGCUUGCCGGCAGGAUAGAGGGCCGUCCAAGAGAUUUUCUGAGGCGAUUUGGAGGUAAUAGUUGUCAUGAUGAGCGACCGGCGGCGGCGGCGGCGGCGGGAGAGGAGGUGGAAGAGAUUGAGCUUAGUCUUGGGUUGUCUCUGGGCGGUCGUUUUGGAGUGGAGCCCGAGGAAAAAAAGAGGCUUGUUCGGUCAUCGUCGAUCGCCACCCUGUCGAUGUUCCCAUCGGAGAACGACUUUCCGGUGGCUGCUCCCCUCCCAAGGACGUGCUCGCUGCCGACGGAGGCAGAGGAGGAGCACAGAAAGAGGAAGGAGCUGCAGAGCUUGAAGAGAUUGGAGGUCAAGAGGAAGAGAUCGGAGAGGAGAAAUUUGUCUAAGCUGGUGGCGAGAGAUCAGAGGGAGGAGAAUUCUAAUGAGGGAAUGAAUGCUGGGCAUGGUAGGGUUCUCCCUGGACCGGCUUCGACGGCGGCCGGUGCUCGGCAAGUAGAUGCAUCCGGAUGCUUCAGACCAGCAUCUCGGUGGUCCAUCGGAUCGCAGGGGAGUAGCUCCUCUGGUGUGUCCAAUUUCGAGAGCCAUAUGGUGCAAGAAGUCAGGAGUCGUCCCUCAACGACCCCUUCAUUGCCCGAGCAUAGCAAUCAUGAAGCAGUUGGCUCUGCGAGAGAGGUAGAAGAAUCCUCGAAGAAGAUUGCAGGGAGACCAACUUGGAUUAGGAGAGAGAUGGGAGUGGAACGAGGUGCAAGAGAUGCCACGUGUGUCCGCGACGGGGGAUGGUCCAAAUGGGAGGAGGAUUGAAGGGUUCCUCUACGGAUACGGGGAAGGGAAGGAGGUGAGGAUUGUGUGCGCGUGCCAUGGCAGCUUCCUCACGCCCGCGGAGUUUGUAAGGCAUGCGGGAGCUGGGAAUGUGGCUCACCCCCUCAGGCACAUUCUUGUCAACCCAACCCGGUCGGGCUUCUUGUGAUGAUGGUGGUCACCCCUUCAUUACCCAGGACAAUAGCCGAAGUAGCCUUCUUCCAAGCAUGUGGUGGGUUUGUCAAUGUUAUCAUUCAAAAGAACCAAAUACAGACACC